AUGCUCUACGGGAUUAUGCAGCAGAACUUGAAACCUGGUAGAUUCAAAGAAUCUAUCACCGGAAGACCCCCAGACAACUUAGAAGAGUUGCUGAAUCGAGCCAAAAAAUACGUCCGGAUAGAGGAAGCCUCUACCCAUGCUCCUCCUAAAAGAAAAAGGGAAGAUGACCGUCAGGACAAUAGGAGGCGUGAUGAUCGACGUCCACCACUUCCACCUCAAGGCCAACCCUCUUCCUCCUACAAUAGAUUCACUCCGCUAGAUGCUCGCCUCACAGAAAUCCUUCACGUGAUUGAACAGAAAGGUUUAGCAGAACCUCCACGUCCUAUGCAGCCAAACGCAAAGCGAGAAAAAUCGGAUCGUUAUUGUCGAUUCCAUAAGGACAGAGGGCAUACUACGGAGGAAUGUGCACAACUCAAAGUGGCGAUUGAGAGGCUGAUCAAACAGGGCCAUUUAGGCGAAUACAUUGAUAAGCCGCAAAAUAAGCGCCGUGAUGAUCCUCCACGCCGAGAUAACAAUCGAGAUCAACAGCAAAGGCGAGAGGAUGGAGGUCAUCGACGUGACCUAGAUAACAACGAUAACCAGCCUACCCGAGGAAUCAUCUCCUUUAUCUCCGGAGGACCGGCGGGUGGCGAUUCACAAAAUGCAAGACGCACCCUCGCUCGAUCAGCACGCAUGAAUCAAGAACGUGUUUCUCCAUCCGCACGCAUAUAUCAAAUACGAAGACCUGAUCACAGCAUAAUCUUCAACUCCUCCGACCUCGAAGGUCCAGAUGAAGACCAUGUCGAUGCAUUGGUAGUAACAACAACGGUGGCCAACUUCUUGGUCAAGAAGAUAUUAGUGGACGGUGGAAGCUCAGCUGACAUCAUGUACCUCCACGCUUUUAAGCAGCUAGGCAUAGAUAAUGCCCGGUGUAAUCCCGUCUCCACACCCCUGAAAGGAUUCACAGGAGAAGGCAUUUUAUCCAUGGGAGAAGUGGAGCUGCCAGUUUCUUUAGGGGAAGACCCCUGUCGAAUCACAAAACUAAUCAAGUUCCUCGUCGUCGACAGGCCAUCACCCUACAACAUCAUUCUGGGGAGGCCAGCAAUCCACACAUUCAAGUCAGUGCCUUCCUCCUAUCAUCAGAAGUGGAAGUUCCCUACUCCCUAUGGAAUGGGGGAAGUACUUGGAGAUAGACGUCUCGCUCGAGAGUGCUAUGCAAGGGCCCUACGAGAACCUUCCAAGAAGCUUAAACCACCCGGAAGGAGAGACGACACCCAAAAAUCCGACAAACGGAAGUGGGUCAACGCGAUCAUUGAGGAUAAUAAAGAAAUCCUCAUCAGUGUGCCAGAUGACAGCAUCAAGCUAGCAGCUGUCGAAGAACUUAAGCUCAUAGAGCUCACUCCCGGAGAUACCUCCAAGCUCAUACGAAUAGGAUCUGAUUUAGAUCCAACAACGGAGCAGUAGCUAAUCAACUUCCUACGACACAAUGGAGAUGUGUUCGCAUGGAAAGCCCAAGAUUUGUCGGGCAUUCCUCCUCAGGUAGCUCUACAUCGGCUCAACGUCGACAAGCGGUUGAAGCCGGUCAAACAGAGAAAACGGACAUUUGGUCCCGAACGCAACAAGAAUAUCAAAACGGAAGUGGCAAAACUCCUUGAAGCAGGUCACAUACGACCAGUUCAGUAUCCUGAAUGGUUGUCGAACGUAGUACUCGUUCCCAAACCCGGGGGAAAGUGGAGGUUAUGCGUGGAUUUCACUGACCUCAACAAAGCUUGUCCCAAGGACCCAUUUCCUCUACCCAGAAUCGAUCAGCUCAUCGAUUC